AUGAACAAAGACGAUUUUUUUUCUUUUUCGCCCUUUAAUGAAAUAAUGAAAGAUCCUAAAAAAGAUAGUGACGGUCACCCCUUAAAAUGGAGGGAAAUUUGUUGGUUCGCUUAUUACAAAACUGAACGACUAUGGUUUAAAUACAAAAGAACAUUAAACAUUGAUGUAGAUUUCUUUAGUUGUAAGAUGCCAACUUUGCAAGUUGGACGUCCGUCUUUUAAUUUUUCAAUAUUGAAGCCUUUGAACAAAACUUCAAUAAAAAUUAAAUCUGCCAAGUACAAAAAUUUGUUAACCUUAAUGAAUUACAUUCCGCCAAGACACCACACCUUUUACGAAGGAAUAAAGCACGAUGGAGGAGAGGCAUCAGAAAAAAAAGGAAAAAAGAAACAAAGCCAAAAAGAGGAAGAAAGCGAUGAAGAUAACAACUUAAUAGAUUCUGAUUACGAAUAA